UAACCAACGGAAGCUCACUAACCGCUAAUGUUUCCCAGCUAACGUUAGUCUUCCGGUUAUGCUGAUACUUGAACGUUAACCCCUCAAACAGUUUAAGGUAUUAUCGGUUAUUUAUAAAUGAGUUACGGGCACAUCGUAACUACGAAUUGUGAUCAUGGAGUCCAUUAAUGAUCCAAACAUGAGUAAGGGCUUCACCAUGGAAAUGGAGAAGAUCCACAACACACAGCUGAAGGCAUUUGGGGAGAUCGUUGACCAGACUACAGAGUUGUGCCAGUCCCACAGAGAGUUUGUGAAGUCUGCACUAGAUACGUGUUUAAAAAAGUGUAAGGAUGAUGAGAUGCUGUUUGACACAAUACAAACAUUCAAAAGAGACAUUGUACAAACAAGAGCAUCAUUAAAAGCGAAAACGCAUGCCGUUUCUGAAAGGAUAUUUGAGAUUGAGCAGAAGGAGAUGCAGAAAGAAGACAUCAUCCCGAAGAUAGAUAAACUUAAAGAAGAACAAGUCAAGAGAAAAGAGUUAAUUCUGUCUCAACAUAAGGCAAACAAAGUCAGACUGAAGAAUCUCCAGAAAGCCAGAGGGGUCUUUCAGGAUCAUUUGGGGAUGGAGAUACGAACAAUCUCUGGCAAAACACAACUGGUUAAAGGUGAAAAGCUGCAGUUUGUUUUCCGGAAUAUCAAGCCUUCAGAUCUGAACAGCGCCUACAUUAUCACAUUGGGCAUCAAUCAAGACGGAUCAUACCAGGUUGUGUCAAGUGACCCCGCGCUCGAGUGUUUGCCAGUCCUGCAAAGCCAGCUUCAGAAGACCAAUAAGUUACCAACAUUUCUGGCAAACGUCAGAAAGGAGUUUAUUUCUCUGGCACGCUGCUAAGAUUUGAGAGAUGGCAGAAAGAUAUACCAUGCAAUGUGGACUAAUGUUGAGCAAAGAUUUCAGUCUGUAUCUACAAUACAGAUCUGCUAACAAGACUUCAACUGCUUUGCCUAAUAGGGGUUUGAUAUUCAUUUCUUCGGGUCACAAUUAAAAAGCUAUAUUAAAACUUC